UGUUCCCUUUUGCAUGUACCUCUCUCCCUUCCUUCUCUCCCACGACUCUUUCCAACCUCAACUGAUUCAUCCAUUUUCAAACUUCCUUUUUGGAACAAAAAUGUUUAGCCUUCUCAUUUGCCAUUCAAUGUAGAAACCAAGAGCAGAAAAAAACCCCCAUUUUUGUCUUAGUCCAAGAGGAGACACGGUGAAAGAAGGGCAAUGGCAGCGAACGAGUGGAUAAAUGGGUACUUGGAAGCGAUACUGGACAGCGGGGCAGCAGCCAUCGAGGAGCAGCAUAAGCCGGCUGUGGAUUUGAGAGAAAGGGAUCACUUCAAUCCGACAAAGUACUUUGUUGAAGAGGUGGUCACUGGUGUUGAUGAAACCGAUCUACAUAGGACAUGGAUCAAGGUUGUCGCCACCCGGAAUGCCAGGGAACGUAGUUCAAGGCUCGAGAACAUGUGCUGGCGCAUUUGGCACCUUACCCGAAAAAAGAAGCAGUUGGAAUGGGAAGAAUUGCAACGAUUGGCAAAGCGGAAGUGGGAACGUGAACUUGUGCGCAAGGAUGCCACUGAGGACUUGGUUGAAGACUUGUCAGAAGGAGAGAAGGGAGAUGCUGUUAGUGAGUUGAUUAGCGCAGAGACCCCGAGGAAAACGUUCCAAAGAGACUAUUCCAACUUGGAAGUGUGGUCAGAGGACAAGAAGGGAAAGAAACUUUACAUUAUCCUUAUCAGUUUGCAUGGGUUAGUCCGAGGAGAAAACAUGGAGCUUGGUAGAGAUUCUGACACUGGUGGACAGGUCAAAUAUGUGGUAGAGCUGUCUAGGGCUCUUGCAAAGAUGCCAGGAGUGUAUAGAGUAGAUCUUUUUACUCGACAAGUCUUAUCACCUGAAGUUGAUUGGAGCUAUGGAGAGCCUACAGAAAUGUUAACGACCGCAGGUGAAGAUGCAGAUGGAAACGAUGUUGGAGAGAGUAGCGGGGCGUACAUUAUAAGGAUCCCUUUUGGUCCACGUGAUAAGUACCUUCAUAAAGAAUUAUUGUGGCCUUAUAUUCAAGAAUUUGUAGAUGGUUCUUUGGCUCACAUUCUUAAUAUGUCAAAAGUUCUCGGUGAACAAAUUGGUGGGGGCCAACCUGUAUGGCCAUAUGUUAUCCAUGGCCAUUAUGCUGAUGCAGGGGACAGUGCUGCUCUUCUCUCAGGUGCUUUAAAUGUCCCCAUGGUUUUAACAGGACACUCUCUUGGGAGAAACAAACUUGAGCAGCUUCUUAAACAAGGACGACAGUCAAAGGAAGACAUCAAUUCAACAUACAAGAUUAUGAGAAGAAUUGAAGCAGAAGAAUUUUCCCUUGAUGUUGCAGAACUAGUUAUCACUAGUACACAGCAAGAGAUUGAAGAGCAGUGGGGGCUUUAUGAUGGGUUUGAUGUCAAGCUUGAAAAAGUUUUACGUGCCCGUGCUAGACGUGGGGUAAACUGUCAUGGUCGAUACAUGCCAAGAAUGGUGGUUAUUCCCCCUGGCAUGGACUUCAGCAAUGUUGUAGUUCAAGAAGAUGCCCCUGAGAUUGAUGGAGAAAUUGUCUCGGUUAUUGGAGGAGGUACUGAUGGAUCUUCUCCCAAGGCAAUUCCAACAAUAUGGUCAGAUGUGAUGAGGUUUCUUACAAAUCCCCACAAGCCAAUGAUCUUGGCCUUAUCUAGACCUGAUCCAAAGAAGAACAUAACCAAUCUUUUGAAAGCCUUUGGAGAAUGUCGUCCUUUACGAGAGCUUGCUAAUCUUACACUUAUAAUGGGGAACCGGGAUGAUAUUGAUGAAAUGACUGGUCCGAGUGUUAGUGUGCUCGUAACAGUAUUGAAACUCAUUGACAAGUAUGACCUCUAUGGACAGGUUGCCUAUCCAAAGCAUCAUAAACAGGCUGAUGUUCCUGAUAUUUAUCGACUUGCAGCAAAAACAAAGGGAGUUUUCAUAAAUCCAGCUCUGGUUGAGCCUUUUGGACUUACACUAAUAGAGGCAGCUGCCCAUGGCCUGCCGAUGGUGGCAACAAAAAAUGGUGGACCGGUUGACAUUCAGCGGGCACUAAAUAAUGGCCUUCUGGUGGAUCCCCAUGAUCAGAAAGCAAUUUCUGAUGCCCUGUUGAAGUUGGUAUCGGAGAAAAACCUAUGGCAUGAGUGCAGAAAGAAUGGUUGGAAGAAUAUACAUCUGUACUCAUGGCCUGAACACUGCCGAACAUACUUGACAAAGGUGGCUGCUUGUCGGAUGAGACAUCCUCAGUGGCAAACAGAUACACCGGGGGAUGACAUCUCUUCAGAAGUAUCAUCUUUAAAUGACUCACUUAAAGACGUGCAAGACAUGUCCCUUAGGCUCUCAGUUGAUGGAGAUAAAGCUUCACUAACCGGAUCCCUUGACCCUGUAGCUUCAUCUUCUGGUGAACCUGAGCUGCAAGACCAAGUAAAACAAGUCCUAAGCAAGAUAAAUAAGCCGGAAACAAACUCGAAAGAAACUGAAGGAGUGAAGCUUGAAAAUGUGGGAAGCAAGUAUCCUAUUUUGAGGCGGCGGCGUGGAUUAGUUGUUUUAACACUUGACUGCUAUGACAGCAAGGGGUUCCCUGACAAGAAGAUGGUUCAAAUUAUACAAGACAUAUUUAAGGCCAUUCGGCUGGACGCUCAAAUUGCAAAAUUGACGGGGUUUGCUAUAUCAACAGCUAUGCCAGUCUCAGAAACAGUAGAGUUUUUUAAAUCAGCAAAGAUUCAAGUAAAUGAUUUUGAUGCUUUGAUCUGUGGCAGUGGCAGUGAAGUGUAUUACCCUGGAACUUACACAGCAGAAGAUGGAAAGCUUUUUUCCGAUCCUGAUUAUGCGUCUCAUGUUGCCUUUCAUUGGGGCUAUGAGGGUCUAAAGAAGACAAUUUGCAAGUUGAUGAACCCUGAGGGUGAACAAGAUUCUCCAUGUGUCGAGGAAGACAUGAAAUCGAGCAAUGCUCACUGUGUUUCAUAUUUUGUAAAGGAUCCGACUAAGGCAAAGAAAGUCGAUGAUUUGAGGCAGAAGCUUAGGAUGCGAGGUCUCCGUUGCCAUCCGAUGUAUUGCAGGAACUCGACUAGAAUACAAGUUGUUCCUCUCCUUGCAUCUCGAGCACAGGCACUCAGGUACCUUUUUGUGCGUUGGAGGCUGAAUGUCGCAAACAUGUUUGUCAUCGUCGGCGAAACUGGAGACACCGAUUACGAGGAAUUGAUUGCAGGGGCUCAUAAGACUUUGAUCAUGAAGGAAGUGGUGACAGAGGGUUCCGAAGCGUUGCUCCGAACAAUGGACUUUAGAAAUGACAUCGUUCCUCCGGACAGCCCCUUGAUCAAGAGUAUUAAAGGUGGAGCAACGCCACAGGAGAUAUCUGAAGCUUUAAAAGCAUUGUCUAAAGCGAGCUUGUGAAAGUUGGUGUUUAGAGCAUGAAAUGGUAGUUUAAUUUCCAUAUUUCAAAUAAAAAAUUAUUGUUAAUGGGAAGUUUCCAUGUCUUAUAGUAUUAUUCUAUCAUGUUUAUCCCAAAUGUAGAUAAGUUUCAAAUGGUCUUUUUUCUUUCAGGUUUAUAAAUGUGCAAACUGGUCUGUAAUGGCCGCUGCUGAUUUCUAUCUUGUAUUUCAUGUA